ACAGCUGAUCAAAAAAAUUAGUCGUGUUUUUACAUCAUUCGUCGUACUCGUAGCAUUGAAACAAUAAAAAUAUAAAAAGAUAUCACAAAAUAUGAAAAAGUAAAUUUUCUAAGUGCGUGCUUGUGAUACAAGUGACAAGUUUUAUUCGGUAACGAUAUUAAAUGUGAAAGAUAGUGUUUUGCGAUCUCGAGAAAGUAUGGUUCGGGAUAAUUAGCAAAAAUGAAGUGCUGUUACAGUAUUAAACCCGAAAGAAUAUCCAUUGAGAGAUAAAAUAAAAUAAAGAACGAUGGAUGAUGAAGAGGCUGAUUUGAGGGAGCAAAUAUUCCAUAACAAUGUUCGGGAGCAAAUAAUAUUCUUGCUCCUGUUCAUACUACUGUACCUCUUCUCAUUUAUGUUAAUUGAGAAGUUUCGUCGACGCGACAGUGAGGAUUACUUCAGCUCUGACGAGGAUGAAGUGAAAGUGUACAGGAUUAGCCUGUGGCUGUGCACAUUUGCACUGGCCGUGUCUCUGGGCUCGGCACUGUUGCUGCCAGUCUCAAUAGUCAGCAAUGAGGUGCUAAUAUUAUACCCAAAUAGCUAUUAUGUCAAGUGGUUGAACAGCUCUCUGAUACAAGGUCUAUGGAACCAUGUGUUUCUAUUCUCAAACCUCUCGUUAUUUGUGUUCCUGCCGUUCGCCUAUCUAUUCUCCGAGUCCACCGGAUUCCGGGGAUGCAGGGGUUUGAAAGGGCGUGUGUAUGAGACCUUCAUUGUACUGGCUCUACUUGGCCUUGUGAUGCUUGGUCUUGCGUAUGUCAUCUCCGCAUGGUUAGAGGGGGACAGGUCCAGCCUUGAUGCUCUAUUGAAUUUGUGGACGUAUCUACCGUUCUUGUACUCCUGUGUAUCAUUCGUCGGUGUUUUGAUGUUGCUCGUGUUUACACCGCUCGGUUUCGUGAGGCUUUUCGGCGUGGUGGGCGGAGUGCUGGUCAAGCCGCAGUUCCUGAGGGAUCUCAACGAGGAGUAUUAUGUCUAUUCGUUUGAAGAGGAGACCCUCAAGCGACGCAUCGACACGUCGCUCGCUACAGGUGCCGGCUACAUAUCACCGGAGCCGAUGUACCCCGACCGCGGUGACAUAUCCGCGCCAGUGGGCCCCGAUACUUCGAUUUCUUCGGGUCAUCUGAAGGGCAUCAGCUCUUCCGUACUGGAGGGGAAGACGCCGCUGUUGAGGCUGAGGAACGGAGCGCUGCAGGCUGGCCUUAAUGAGAGGCUGCAGAGAGUUGUUGCUAUGCGGAAGGAAGUAGAGAACCAACGGAAGACGUCGUCCCUGCAGCGGAACGUGGUGUACCCGCUGGCGAUGCUGCUGCUGUUGGCGUUGACCACCAUCACUGUGCUCAUGGUGCUGCAGAACACCCUGGAACUGCUCAUCGGGAUCAAGGCGCUGCCGCUGAGUACACGGCAAUUCACACUGGGCAUUGCGUCGCUGUCCAAGCUGGGCUGGGCAGGUGCCACGCUGGAGGCGUUCCUCAUCCUGUACCUGCACGCGGCGUCGCUCACGGGGCUCGCGACUCCGAUGCGGGCGUUACGCGUGCUGCCCCGCGCGCGCCGCACGCCGCUCGCGAGGAUCAUCGCUCUGUGCGCGCUGCUGCUGGCGCACUCUACCGCGCAGCCGCUGCUCGUUAAGAUAUUAGGUAUAACGAACUUCGACCUGUUGGGCGAGUUCGGACGCAUCGAGUGGCUCGGCAACUUCAAGCUGGUGCUGCUGUACAACGCCAUCUUCGCUGCCACGGUGACGCUCUGCCUCGCCAGCAAGUUCACCGCCAGCGUGCGCCGCGAGCUGUACAACAGAUUUAAAUGGCUCACUGAUGUUGUCACAAUGCAUGAAGACUUGCCUCUAUCGAAAAUAGUGGCGCCUAUAGCAAGAUUGUCAACUGAACGAACAGUAAUUGCCGAAAAGACUGAUCCUAAUAAUGAUAAAAACGAAACAACACAUUUGAAAUCUGAGUAAGAAACUAAAAGCUUUUUGAAGAUUUUUUAUUUUACCAAAAGAAGGAAUUAACAACAAGGAAGGAAACCAUUUUUAGAGGAUUUAACAUUGACCUCUUAUAAUAAAAGGACAUAAUAUCAAGUAGAAAAUUCAACUAAACACUGGCCAAUUAUGCUUUGACAGUUUUAGAAUUAUGGUAAAGAAAACUAUACCUAAAGGCUUUAAAUAUAGUCCAAUAUUUAAUAAAAUCCCAAAUUCAGAGCAAAUUCAGGAUUGAGUUUAAGGUUGAAUUUGCAAAUGCGACUACUUGAAUUGAGUGCCAAAAAGUUGUGUUUGAGACUCAUUGAGUGGGGACGUUUUUUGGUCGCUGAUUGUGCAUCAACUUUUUAAUAGGAGAUUGAUGGGACUUAACUAGAAAAGUAAGCUAUUGGUUAACCAAAUAUUAAAGGUCUUAAUUGGGGGAUCUGUGUUUGAUAUGCUAAUAGAAGGAGGUCCUUUUUACGUUAGGCUAUUAAAUGGGUCAUCUCUUCCCAGAUAAAAUGAGUAUGUAAAACUUAAAAGCAUUUACAUUAUAAUGUACCUACAUGGUGUCACCGUUAGGAUUACAUACUCUUUGGUCAUUGUAACGUCUUUGUUAAUCAAAAACAAUGUUGCCAGAAAAUUAAACAUUAUAAUCAACUUAUAUGUAAAUUGUGUAAUUAAAAUGUUCAAAAUAUUGAUAAUUAUUAUUAUUAUGCAGUAUCAUAUUAUUUAGUAUUAGAAACAAUAUAAUCUGUGAUGUUAUUAUAUUGAGCUUUGGUAAAAUGUUUAAAACAUUGCUAUGACUAUAAAACAAAGAAAAGUUAAGAAUAGUUUUAUAAUUAUAGAGCAAGUCUUAGUAAGAAUAAUUAAUUUGAAUAAACAUUUUUAAUUAUAAAAUAGAAGUAAGGAUCUGUUAAAUUUAAGAAAAUGAAAUUUAUGGAAUGUAAAGAACUUUAAUUUUAACAAGAAAAAAAUUAAAUUUUUAUUAAUAUGAG